AAAGGAGGUAGAACUUCAUUUGGAAGAACUCAACUCUGAAUUUAUCACACACAUCAAUGACUAAAGAAACAAAGUCUGUGCGGGGGCAAGGUGGACCCUAUAAAACAGAACCGGUCACAGACCUGAGUCACUGGAGGUUGAUCUCUGUGGAAGACCGACACAGCUGGGAAUAUGUGGAGGACCUCGACAGAGAGCAGACCAUGCUGGAAGCUUAUUCUCUGGGAUUGGACACUAGCAAGUUUGUUCCUGACUCCCCGGCUGCACAAACAGCUUUUGAUGCAGCUAUGAAAGGCAUGAACUUCUACAGUCAGCUCCAGGCAGAGGACGGUAGCUGGGUGGGGGACUUUGGCGGACCCCUCUUAUUUAUGCCAGGUCUUCUUGUUGUGUGUCAUGUGACUAAGAUCCAGCUGCCAGAGCCCUGGAAGAAGGAGAUGGUGAGGUACUUGCGCUCUGUCCAGCUGUCAGAUGGAGGUUGGGGACUGCAUAUUGAAGAUAUAUCUACAGUGUUGGGAACGGCGCUGAAUUACAUCACAAUGAGGCUCCUGGGAGUGGAUGCUGAUGACCCAGAUUUGGUUCGUGCGCGAAACAACCUGCACAAAAAAGGUGGUGCAGUCGGGAUUCCAACGUGGGGAAAAUUCUGGCUCUCUGUCUUAAACGUCUACAGCUGGGAUGGCUUUAAUUCAGUAUUUCCAGAAAUUUGGUUGCUUCCCAGCUGGAUGCCAGUCCACCCAUCAAAAAUGUGGUGUUACUGUCGUCAGGUGUACCGAGCUAUGAGCUACUGCUUUGCUGUCAGACUGACUGCAGAGGAAGACCCUCUGAUUCUCAGCCUGAGACAGGAGCUGUACGUCCAGGACUACGCCACCAUUAACUGGCCCGCUCAGAGGAACAAUGUGGCAGCAUGUGACCUGUAUGUACCUCACAGCAAACUACUGAAUGCUAUCCUCUUGGUGUUGAACGUUUAUGAAGACUACCAUAGCUCCACACUGAGAGAAAUGGCUCUAAAAGAGAUAUACGAGCACAUCAAGGCCGACGACCAUUUCACCAACUACACCAACAUUGGUUCGAUCCCCAAGACCAUGAACAUGCUGGUUCGCUGGUAUGUGGACGGACCCACCUCACCGGGUUUUCAGGGGCAUUUAUCCUGGAUCCCUGACUACCUCUGGAUGGGGUUGGAUGGCAUGAAAAUGCAGUCAACAAACGGGUGUCAGCUCUGGGAAACUAGUUUUAUUGUUCAGGCUUUUCUUGAGGCUGGAGCUCAGAAUGACCCCAAACUGGUUGAGUGUCUUUGUAAGGCUCAUGAUUUUUUCAAACUCUCACAGAUACCUGAGAAUCCUCCUGAUUAUCAAAAAUACUACAGACAGAUGAACAAGGGUGGUUUCCCGUUGACUAAUCGUCACUUUAACUGGAUCGUGUCUGACUGCACAGGAGAAGGCCUGAAGUCCGUGAUGCUCCUGGAGGAGCUCUGUCCCUCCAUCGAACAACCGUUCAGCUCUGAUCGUCUGUUUGAUGCUGUCAAUGUGCUGCUGAGCAUGAGAAACAAAGAUGGCGGAUUUGCAACAUAUGAAACUACAAGAGGAGGAAAAUUCCUGGAGUGGAUCAACCCAUGUGAGAUAUUUAGUGACAUCAUGAUAGACCAUACAUUCGUGGAGUGUACCUCAUCAGUGAUGCAGGCUUUGAGGCUCUUCCAGAAGGCCUAUCCUGGUCACCGUACCGAAGAGAUAAGCUCCACUCUGAGAGAAGGUCUGGAGUUCUGCAGGAAGGUGCAGAGACCUGAUGGAUCCUGGGAAGGGUUUUGGGGAGUGUGUUUCACGUACGGAACCUGGUUUGGCCUCGAAGCCUUCGCCUGCAUGGAUCACACUUAUGAGAACGAGGAGGUGCCUGACGAGGUGCAGAAGGCUUGUCAGUUCCUGCUGGACCGACAGAUGUCAGAUGGAGGCUGGGGGGAGGACUUUGAGUCGUGUAAGCAGCAGCGCUACAUCCAGAGCAGCACUGCUCAGAUCCACAACACCUCCUGGGCUUUGCUAGGACUCAUGGCUGUCAGACAUCCUGACCAGCAGGCUAUUGAGAGAGGAGUUCAGUUUUUGAUUGAUGAGCAACUGCUCAAUGGAGACUGGCCACAGGGAUUCAGCGGAGGUUCGUUCAGCAAGACUUGUGUCCUCACUUACACCUCCUACAAAAACUCCUUCCCGCUCUGGGCCAUUGGACGCUUCUUGAGGUGCUAUCCGAACAGUCCACUGGCUGGGAAGCUGAAGCUGUGACAAAUUAAUGACAUCAGCUGCCACUAAGAUUUUACGUAAACAACUGAGAUUCUGAUUUAACCUCCUAAGACCCGAACUCUGGCAUGAC